AAAUUUAUUAUUAUUCAGUGAAUAGAGAACAAAUUCCAGAGCGGGAUUAAGUAUAGAUAUUUUUUUUUAAUUUAACUAAUUGUUAGUAAGCGAAAUGCUGCGAAUGGAUACUGUGCAUCGUGAUAAAGAUCAGGUGGUGAUCUUGAAGAAGACCAAUUACUUGCCCUAUCUGGUGAACCUGUUCAUCCCGAAGUUGUUCUACCCAGAGAAGAUUGUGGUGGCCCGGCUGUAUCUCAACGUCAAUAAGCACGAUAAGCAUGCAGCCGAAAACUUUAAGGGAACCGAGACCCCAUGCUUUGAUGUUCCGCCUUCCCUGUUCUCGGAUAAGGUGCCGAUGGACAAGAUCGUCUUUCUGCCCACGGUGAUGUUGCCCAUGGGCUUCGCAGCCGGCGGGGUUUUUGGGCCGGGUGUCCUUUCACGGCGUUCCUAUCCCAUCGACUUGAAGGCCGCUGGUCACAAGGGUCAAACGCCGCCGCUGUUCGUCGGUCUGCGCAUGGAUAUCCAGGCGCCGACAAGGGUGGAGAGUCUCCUGAAAGAAGUGUGUGAAUCCCAACCAGCUCAGGACAUAUUAAUGAAUUGGGUGCGUGCCAGCAAUAACCUUAUAAAUGGGAAACAGCCAAAAGAACAAGAGCUUCGCGAUGAAUUUUCCCUAUCGAUGGUCUUUAACUUGCCGACUCCACCGAGUCCACCGUCGCCCUAUCCAUAUGGCCGUAUCCCGUUGCAGUUCACAAUAUACACCCCGGAUCUGUCCAAUGUUCUGUUGCUUAUGUCGCACCAGCGCGACCUUACGGUGGCCAUUCUGUCCACCGUUAACAAUCCGCAUGUUCCAUCUGUGGCAUUCGCCGCCAUGGGCGACGAGGAGGAGUGCCCCAAGUUCGAGCUGCCCCUCAGUGCUUUUCCCACAUUCGAGGGCGUCAAUCGUCCAAUCUUUCUGCCCAAGCGUUUCAUGCCCAAAGGAUUCGAAGCCGGCUGCGUCUUAAAGCCGGGAGCUCUUUCCGACCUGUGGUUCAUGGACUACAUAGGACGUUUUGGUCCAACACAGCCGCAGCAUAGCGGUUCCAUCACACCACCGCUGUUCGUUGGCAAGAUCUGCCGCGAAGAGCCGACCGUCGAUAUGAUAAGGAACAUCCAACUUGAGAUCGAAAAGAAAGCCAGCGAAGAUGCAACGCUUCCAGCUGUCAAACCUAAAAUUGACAUUAGCAUCACCAAGGGCUUCAUGGUAAUGGAAACAGCGGCGGAGGACCCGAAGCCCCCAAAGGGUGCUUACAGUGUGCAAAGCUACGAAGAGGCGUUUGAUGAUGGAUGCGUUGUGAAGGUGGCCAAGAAAGUGGCCACUGAAGCCACAGACGCUCGAGGAAGGGAUGAAAUACGUACAAGUUGCGAUCAGUCCCAGGAGAAGGAUAAAGGUUCAGCUGAGACUGAUAAGAAACACCUAUCUUGCUUUCAUGUUGAUAGCGACAUUGAUAAUAUUGCCAUGGCCAUGGCCCGUAUGGGCAUCGCCGAUAUCAGUCUGCCGGCCGAGGGGGAGGCAAUGCCCGGAAUCGAUGGUGAUCGCGCUGUGAUUCAGUUGAGCCAUGUCCUCGAGGAUCGUAACCAGAUCCGCUCCCACACUGACAAGUUGAUGCAGGAUCACAUCUUUCGGAUGAAUCGCAACCGCAUGCUGGCCCUGCGUCAGCCAUUUACUUGUUUCGGGUGCGCGCGAAAAAACAAAUAAUAGUCCAAAUGUUGGAUGGCUGUACCUCGAUAAACUUUUAAUUCAACUACCAAUCGAGUGAUAUUUACAGCUGAAAAUGUUUUACUUUGUUUCUGUUUCUUCAAUAAAUUAG